AUGGAGUGCUGUCGGAGUUUGAAGCUGCUGUUUGUCCCUCUGAUGAUGAUGAUGAUGAUGAUGAAGAUGAGCUCAGCUGCGUCUCCUCAGAACUUCUGCUCCAACUCAACGGUGCUGAGGACUCGGACGGCGUGUCACUCAUGCAGCAUCAGCAUGUUGAUGCCGUGUCCGUCAGGAUACAAACAGACGCCACGAUCCACCGCUCAGGACUGCAAGUACCACAUCAGGACUCCCAGUCUGAAGCUGCUCAUCAGCGGCUGCUCCUUCGAGUGUUACCGGGACGAGGAGGUGAAGACCUGCUGUCCUGGUUUCUGGGGUCCGGACUGUAACGAGUGUCCUGACAGUGCUGACAGACCCUGCAGCGACCGAGGAGUCUGCUCUGACGGACUGGGAGGGAAUGGAACCUGCAGCUGUCAGGUGGGUUUUGCAGGAACUGCAUGUGAGGAUUGUGCACCUGGUCGAUACGGAACCACCUGCGGCUCAGUGUGCUCAUGUGUCCACGGUCUGUGUGACUCUGGUUUGAAAGGUGAUGGUAGAUGCACCUGUUUUUCUGGAUAUAAAGGUCCAAACUGUGAUCAAGAGUUACCUGAGUGUGCCGCCCUCAGCUGUCAGCAGAACGCUCGCUGUAUGGAAGAAGCUCUGACGGGACAGCUGGUGUGUCAGUGUCUCCCUGGUUACCAGAAGUCAGGAGCUCAGUGUUUAUCAAUAAACCCGUGUGUCCAGCGGGUCUGUCAUGUCUACGCCUCCUGUGUCCAUACUGGUCCUAACCAGCACGUCUGUACCUGUAAUGAAGGAUACAGCGGGGAUGGACGAGUCUGCAUGGCCAUCGAUCCAUGCCAGAGCAAACAGGGAGGCUGCUCCGCCGAGUCGGCACGCUGCAUCUACGACGGACCAGGGAACUCUCAUUGUGAGUGUCUCCCUGGUUUUGAUCACCUGUCGAACGGCGGCUGCAGCCUGAAGGAUUCCUGCACACCUGCUUCCUGUCAUGAGAACGCCAACUGCACCACGGUGGGACCAGGACAAGUCGACUGCACCUGUCUCCAGGGUUACCUUGGUAACGGUAAGGUCUGUUACGGGGACAUCAUGGAGCGUCUGAACAGUCUGAACACGAAGCCUGGAGGACAGUGGAGCGGUCAGCUGAGCAACGCCAUCACUCUGUUCGGUUCUGUUUCGUGGUCUCUGCAGAAUCUGGGUCCUUUCACAGUUUUUGUCCCGAUCAACAAAGGCUUCAGAGGAACCUCCGUGAGGACUCUGACAGCCGACUCGUCCAAAGCUAAGUACCUGUGUAAGUUACACCUGGUUGCCGGGGUGAUGCCCUUUGACACUCUGAAGAAAACCGAUGUCUUCUACACUUUGACUGGAAAAUCAGUACAGACUGACACAUCGGAGGGGGACUCUCAGACAAAGAUCCGCAUCCACGGCAGCAAGAAGAGAGGUGUGAUUGUCCAGGCCGAUUUCCUGGCAUCCAAUGGGAUGAUCCAUAUCAUCAAUAAGGUGAUGGACAGUGUGCCGCCCACCGUGGAGAGCGAUCCCCAGGAGAACCUGAAGAAGAUCAUCUCUGACUACGGAAAGUUCGACAAGUACAAGUCGUUAUUAGAGAAAGCCGGCCUGGCAUCCGUCCUGGACCGACCUGGUCCGAUGACUGUCUUUGCUCCCAGCACUUCAGCCUUUGACUUGAUGCCUGAAGGUCACCUGCAGCACCUGAGCAGCGCUGAGGGUCACUACAAACUGGUGGAGCUGCUGAGGAACCACAUCGUCUCCUCCACCACGCUGGAGGUCUUUAACGCUGUGUCCAACCCCACUAUCACCACGAUGGCCAAUCAGAUCCUGAGGAUUAAAGUGACAGAAAAUGGUCAGAUUUUGGUGAACGGGGCGGCGGUGUUGGAGGCAGCAGUGGAAGCUAAAAACGGCCGCCUGUAUCUGCUGGAUGGAGUUCUGACUCCACCCUCCAUUGAACCCGUGCUGCCCCACAGAUGUGACAUCACCGAGAACAAGAUCGUCAAGGGAGAAUGUGUGAGCUGCUCUAAAGUCAAACUGUCUCAGUGCUCGUCAGGAGGAGUUUAUAUGGGCUCCUCCACCUACGGAUGUGUUUACAUCAUGUCCAUCAGCACACCGACUAUUCGCAUCCCAGCCACAGGUUGCUCGCCGCGCUGCAACACCACCGUCACGACUCCUGCAUGUUGUAAAGGUUUCUACGGUCCAGACUGUAGACCGUGUCCUGGAGGAUACCAGACCCCCUGCUCCGGGCACGGUCAGUGUUCGGAGGGUCUUGCAGGAAAUGGAACGUGUAUCUGUGAUCCGAACUUCGGAGGCUCUCGCUGUCAGUACUGCACCUCCUCCAACAAAUAUGGACCAAACUGUGACAGAACGUGUCCCUGUAUCAAUGGACAGUGUGACAACCGUCCAAACUCAGACGGGCGGUGUAAAGUCGACUCCUGUCAGAUGGGUUUCACCGGUCCAUUCUGUGAACGCAGGACGGCGGCGUGUGGCGUUGUUCAGUUCUGCCAUGCCCAUGCAGACUGUGACUUCAGCCAGCAAACCCCCAGGUGUGUGUGUAAACCUGGUUACCAAGGAGAUGGUAUCACCUGUGUGGAGUCCGACCCCUGUGCCCCACCCCUCCGUGGCGGCUGCAACAUCAACGCUAAGUGUAUAAAGACAGGAGCAGGGACACACACCUGUCAGUGUCUGACCGGGUGGAGGGAGGACGGAGACGACUGUCAGCCAAUCAACAACUGUGACGGAGCAGACAGAGGAGGCUGUCACCCCAACGCCACCUGCAUCUACGUGGGACCUGGACAGAGCGACUGCACCUGUAAAGCUGGAUACAAAGGAAACGGGCGAGACUGUGAAGCUGUGAAUCAGUGUGUGACCGUGAACGGAGGCUGUCACUACCUUGCCAGCUGCCGCCUGCUGUUCUCUCAGUGGACGUGUGUCUGUGAUGAAGGUUACGUUGGAAACGGACGCUCGUGUUACGGUACAGUCGUUCAGGUGCUGAUGGAUCUGCCCGACGCCUCCGAGUUCUUUACGUGGACCACAGACUCGGGUCUGUCCUGGUCUCUGUCGGAUCAGAACGUCACCCUCCUGGUUCCGUCUUCAGUCGCCGUCGGCAAGAUGUCCUCAGAGGACAAAGCCUUCUGGACAAUGAAGGGAAACCUGCCGAGUCUCAUCAGAAACCACGUCAUCCCAGGUAACUAUCCGUUAUCCAGUCUGAGCAGCACUUCCUCUCUGACAUCCCUUCUCAAGACAACACUUCCUGUUUCAACAACCAAUGAGCUCACAGCUGUUGGAGGAGCAACCAUCAUCACAUCCAACGUAGCUGCUACCAAUGGACUGAUCCAUGUCAUUGAUAAGGUUUUGGUUCCUGACAGAAAGCGGAGUGAGGGUCUGCUGGCGACUCUCGGUCUGAGGCCAGAGUUCUCUCUGUUCACGUCGUAUCUCAUCGAUUACAACUUGACGGACGAGAUCGAACAGGCGGACGAGUUCACCGUCUUUGCUCCAACAGACGCUGCUGUCACUGAUUACCUCAACAAAAUGGCUGCCACUGCCCUGGAUGUGAAUACGACUCGUUACCAUGUGGUGGCGUCGGAACGUCUGCUGAAGACCGACCUUCAGUCUGGAGGGUACAAACAGACGCUGCUCGGAUUCUCCUUCCAGCUCAGCAUCUUCCCCCGAGACGGAAAGCUGUUUGUGAACGAGGCUCAGAUAAACUCCUCCAACAUCCUGAGUGGUAAAGGAGUGAUCCACGGCCUGUCGGCUGUCCUGAACAUCAACAGGAACCGCUGUGAUGACGCCACGUACAACAAAGUCCUGGGAACUUGUGUCGACUGUUUGUUCCCGCAGGGUAAAAUCUGUCCCAACGACACCGUCCCAGAUAAAUCAGUGAGGAGCAGGAAGUGUAUGUUCACUCGGAUGUUUGAAGAGGAGCGGCUGCUGUCCAUCGGCUGCAGAGCCACCUGCCUCCAGAAGAACAUCGUGCGGAGGUGCUGCAGAGGGUUUUUCGGGGAGCACUGUGAGCAGUGUCCAGGGCCAAAGGUUCAGCCCUGCUUCGGUAACGGAGCGUGCUCAGACGGGACGAAUGGGACCGGAGUGUGUCAGUGUGAUAGAGGUUUCACUGGGACCGCCUGUGAGACCUGCCAGAGUGGCAAAUAUGGAGUGCACUGUGAUCAGGACUGCGGCUGUAAAAAUGGCCGCUGUAACGAAGGGCUGAAAGGUGACGGGACGUGUGAGUGUGAUGUUGGCUGGAGAGGAGUCCUCUGUGACGAAAAGAUCGAAUCUAAAGCUGAUGAACUGUGUGGAUCAGUCAAAUGUCACACCAGCGCAAAUUGUGUGAUCAGACCGUCCGGUCCUCAGUGUCUCUGCGCCGCUGGAUUUGAAGGAAACGGGACAUUUUGUCAAGCCACAGACCCGUGUGCGGUGGAUAACGGCGGCUGCAGUCUGUAUGCCGUCUGUAAGAGGACUCGACCUGGGCGGAGAGACUGUGUCUGUAACCGUGGUUACUCUGGAGACGGACUUGUGUGUGUUGAAAUAAAUCCCUGUCUGGAAGGAAACGGAGGUUGUCACGCCAACGCAGAAUGUGUUCACGUCGGACCAAACAAAACUUCCUGUGCGUGCAGUGAAGGUUACUCAGGUGACGGACAAACCUGUAAGAUGAUCAACUUGUGUCGAAAGAAAAACGGCGGCUGUCAUCAGUACGCCUUCUGUAACAUGACGGGUCCAAGUGUUCGUACCUGUGCCUGUAACAGAGACUUCAUUGGAGAUGGCGUCACCUGUAAAGGCACUGUGGCAAAGGAGCUCCUGGGGAGGAAGCUGAGAGACUUUUACCACGGUCUGAUGAUAGCGGAGAUUUCUCUGAGAGGUCGUGGCCCAUUCACUGUAUUCCCUCCGAAUGCUGAAGCCUUCGCCACAGACAGAAGAAGAAGCAGCGCAUUGCGAUCGACGAUGAUGGAAAAGGGCAAAGAACAGUUCGGCGCUGUCUUGCGCAGCCAUAUUGUCAUGUGUCACACACUGCUACCUGCCGAUCUGAGCCAACCCAGAAACCUGACAUCUCUGUCUGGGUUUGUCCUGACCACCAGGUCCAUCCAGGGCAGCAUCUUCAUCAACGAUGCUAAUGUGACAUACAGCGAUGACAUCAGCGUUAACGGGAUCUUCCAUGAGAUCGACAAGGUUCUGUUUGCUCCAGACCUGGACAACAAAAGACCACCAGCUGCUCCCAUGAACCUGACGGAUGUGGCAGAAAGUCACGGUUAUCAGACCUUCUACAAACUGCUGGAGAUCUACGCUGAAGGUUUGAUCCAUCUGGACUCAGUGCGGACUCUGCAGGGCUCGCCGCUCUCAUUCACAUGUGGAGGGACAGACAACAUCGGAGAAAUCUUUAUUAAUGACAGCAAGUGUCGGAUCAUUCAGAGACACCUCGUCUUUAAGGGUGGGAUCGCUUACGGGAUCGACUGUCUGCUGACUCCGCCCAGCCUCGGAGGACGCUGUGACCUACAGACAACCUUUGACCUUCAGAUGAGCUGCGGACUGUGCACCACCUCGACCACUCGCUGUCCCAAAGGGUCCAAACAGAAGGAGGUUCAGAAGUGCGACCUUCCCUCCGUGUUCGUCACUAAGAACACCGGCUGUCGCAGCGUCUGCACCGUCAACUUCUGGCAGCCGAAGUGUUGUCCUGGUUACCACGGACGAGACUGUCUGGUCUGUCCCGGUGGAGUCGGCUCUCCCUGCAGUAACCACGGUAAAUGUGACGACGGUCACCUUGGCAACGGUACAUGCACCUGUGACGCAGGUUUUGGGGGCGUGGCCUGUGAGCUGUGCGGUUUCGGAUUCUACGGAGCAUCCUGUAAAGCCUGUAACUGUUCAGAACACGGGUCAUGUGACGACGGACGUAAAGGUACAGGUUCGUGUUUCUGUGAGGCGGGCUGGACCGGAGAGCGCUGUGAGAUGCCACAGGGUGAAGUCUUCGAGUGUUCUCCGCCCUGUUCUCCAAAAGCUGUCUGUCAGGAGAACAACACCUGUGUUUGUCAGCGAUUCUACGAAGGAGACGGACUCACCUGUACAGUGAUGGACGUGUGUUCCACCUGGAAUGGCGGUUGUGCUAAAGGAGCCAAGUGUUCUCAAACAGGAGAGAAGGUGACCUGCACCUGUCCUAAAGGUUACUCCGGAGACGGCUUCACCUGUCAGCCCAUCGACCCGUGUGUCUCCGGGGUCAACGGCGGCUGCCACGAACAUGCCAUCUGCACCAUGACGGCUCCGGGGAAGAAGAAGUGCACCUGUAAGGACAACUACAUCGGAGACGGACUCACCUGUGAGGUCAAACAGCUGCCAAUCAGCCGCUGUCUCCAGAACAACGGACAAUGUCAUCAAGACGCCAAAUGUACCGACCUCCACUUUGAAGACGCGAAGCUGGGCGUGUUUCAUGUCCGUUCGGAUAAAGGUCAGUACAAGAUGAACUUCAGUGCAGCUCAACAGGCCUGUGACACAGAGGGCGCCAGCCUGGCUACGUAUAAUCAGCUGUCCUACGCUCAGCAGGGCGGGCUGAACAUGUGCUCUGCCGGCUGGUUGGACCAGGCCCGGGUGGCGUACCCCACCACGUACUCCAACCCCAACUGUGGCUUUGGACACAUCGGCAUCGUGGACUACGGCGUCCGCAAGACGAGCGAGACCUGGGAUGCCUUCUGCUACCGGAUGAAAGAGGUGAAGUGUGAGUGUAAGCCCGGUUACGUUGGAGAUGGUUUCAGCUGUACAGGAAACCUGCUGCAGGUCCUCAGAUCCACACCGACCUUCUCCAACUUCUUCACACAAAUCCUGAACUGCUCCCAGGUGUCUGAUUCAGGGAAACACUUUCUGAAGCGUCUCAGUAACCUGACGGUCCAGUCAACACUGUUUGUCCCCGACAACACCGGACUGCCUGAAAACCAGACUCUGUCUCUGAGGGAUGUUGAGUUCCACCUGUCGGAGGGUCAGGCUCUUCCUCUCAGCCAGCUGAAGAACGGCAGUCGCAUCAGGACUCGUGUCGGCAGUCUGACCGUCCUCGGAGUCGCUGACCUGCUCAACCCGUUGGCUCUGUCGUCCCGUUAUAUCAGCGGCCGCUUCGUCACCAACUCCGACAUCCUGGCUUCAAACGGCAUCAUCCAUGUUCUCCAGGGACCACUGAAAGCCCCGCCCCCUCGCCAAGAGAUGCACGUGGCUCACAAGGCGGGGGUGGGGGUUGGAGUGGUGCUGCUGAUUGUUCUGGUGGCAGCAGUCAUCUUUGUUGGAUACCAUUUCUACACCCACAGCACCAAACCAUUUCAGUUCCACUACUUCAAGGAGGAUGAAGAGGAGGAAGAAGCUCGGCCUGCAGACAACAGCCGCAGCAUCACUAACCCGGUUUAUGAAGCGACUCCAGAACCUGUUGAGUCCAACACAUCUGAUGUCACAGCGGAGGACAAACAUGAAGUGGUGAACAGCGGAUCGUACGACCUGCUGUCAGAGAGCUGAGUGGGAAACUGUUGGGGAUCAGGUCCUCACACCUGUCGUAUACCUCUGUGAUCUCAAAGUCCUCCAACCAGCUUCAAACUGUUUCAUCUCAGACUGUCGCACCAGGUUUUAUUUUCUCCUCUGAUAACAGACAGCAGCUGUUCAAUCCCAGACUCUCAAGGUUUGUCUCUCUGAGCACUGAACUGAAUCAUGAUGUGUUCAGGUUCUCAGAGUCAGAGUCAGACUGUGAGGUUUUUAUUCCAGAACAUGAAAGGAGUCAUUCUACUGAAAAUAAAU